CGGGUUAUGUGACAUCAUUUCCGGAAGAAAAGAAAAAGGUCCUCUGGUUUCUUAGUAACGCCAUAGCAACAAGACGGCGAGCCUGAAAAGCGGACUUGCCUGGCGCUGGCGACAUGACCCGGGCGGGUAACCUGUGCCUGAGCUCGACCGGAGCGCAGGUGUCUCUGGCCACUUCCAGCGAUGACAGACACCCGGCCGAGCACAUCAUUGACGGAAAUCCAGAGACGUUUUGGACAACGACAGGAACGUUCCCUCAGGAAUUCAUUAUCAGUAUGAAUGGCUUACAGAAGAUUGGAAAAAUCAUCAUUGACAGCUCAUUAAUACGAAGCUUAAAAAUCUACACCAGCGCAUCCAAAGAACCGACAAAUUUUGAGACGUGCGUGGAAAGAGACCUUGAGCAUGUGGAAGAACAGUUCCAGACAGAGGAGAUCGCAAUUCCUGGGGUUCAGGCGAUUCAUUUGCGCUUUGUGAUCCUCUCUGGAUACGAUCAAUUUGUCGCAGUGCGCAGUGUAUCUGCAGAGAGUAUGAUAUAGACUAUGGGCGACCAUGAAGCUAAAGGACUAACCCAGGAACAUGAUUCUUACUUACCUUUGUAGGACCUGGCUACUGAUUCAGAAAUAAGAGGAAGACGUGAAAUGUAUGGACUUUUUUUUUUGCCAACAUAUGUUCAUUACUUUUCUACAAGAAAUAAAUACUUAUAUUUUGAGUUUGAAUAAUUUGAUCUAAUAAAAUACCGUAUUUUUCGCUCUAUAAGACGCACCUGCCCAUAGGACGCUCCUAGGUUUUAGGGAAGGAACAUUAGAAAAAAUAUAUAUUUUUCAUCAGACCCCCAUUGUUAGUCAGAUCUCAGAUCAGACCCUUACUGGAACUUUUUUAUUUUAUUAUUCUUAACCCUUAACACCACUAGUUAUGCAAGGGACAACGAAUUGUAAAGUGCACCUGGCUGUACAGUCUUUAACUGAGAAGUUAUCAGAACACAUUGCCUUUUCACUUUCCUGUUAAUAAGAUCCCCAAUUAGACCUCAGAUCAGACCCUUGUGUUAAUAAGGCCCCCCAUUUGGACACUCAGAUUAAACCCCUAAUGUUAGGACCCCCAUUCAGACCUCAGAUCAGACAAAAAGAAUAAAUCAACUUACCUUUCCUGCUCUGGACGCAGCCACUCUAGGGAUCCAGCUCCGGCAGUUGCCGCACAGCAUGAGGUGACUGUGCACCAAUGUCCUCACGCUGUGCGCAGUCACAGCACAGUGAGCGGCUGAGAAAGACCAGGAACCACUUCCCGGUACUCCUGUACUAAUGAGAGCAUCCAUAAAUAGAAGCGCUCAUUAGUAUUCGUCUCACUAUAGGGGGGGGGGGAGUGCAUCUUAUAGGGCGAAAAAUACGGUAACUCAAAGGUGGUGUGUUUCAUAGGAAGAGGCCUGUGGGCAACACGAUGAUGCUCAUUCAAGAAAGGGAAUGGGCACAGUGCUACUGCAAACGCCGGUGCCAUCUCAAAUAGCUGAUCGGCAGGGGUCCCCGGUGUCGAAUCCCCACCGAUCAGAUACUGAUGCCCUAUCCUGGAAUAGGUCAUCAGUUAUAAUGCCUCAGAAAAGCACUCUAAGCUAUGUGACUGACGAACACCAAGUCACUGGCCUACGAACAGACCGCAGUGAUUCAGAAAGAAAAAGAGAGAAUCCAUAAUCAACAAAACGGAUACAAUAUCAUAUUUUUAUUGUUUCUCCAAAAGCACAGGACCUCUCCAGAUAUUUGCAAAAAUCAGGCUGUGGCCAGCACCGCUUUAGGUCACAACCAUCACAAACUAAUAAAUGGUAACUCCUGUUUUUGAAUGGAAGCCUGCGGCACAUGUGUGAUGCAUCUGGGAUUUACAGUUCAUUGCAAUCUGAUUUGUAGCACCUUUAAGGGGCAGUCUAUGGUCACAGAUAGGAAUUGCUCUUGUUCUGCUGAGAUCAUGGAUGUGACACCCAGCCUCAGACUAUUUUGUUUUCUCAAGUACAGUCCGUACCUCCUCUGGUUUGUACCCCCAGGGUCCCAUGUUUCCCUGUAAAUAAAAUAUCAGAUUACUAUAUGAAGACACUUAACACAA